GGGGGUUCAGGGUUUACUCGUGCUCUUGGAGGCGGGUUCUCUAUCCCCCUCUUUCGAUCCCUGUUCCGUCAUCUCUUGCUAUUUUCCCUUUUCUUGGUUCAAUUUCGCAGGGUUUCUGCCAUGGCUUCUGCUGAAUUUGAGUAUCGUUGCUUUGUCGGUGGGCUUGCAUGGUCCACCGACGACCAAUCCCUCGAGAGGGCUUUCAGUGCUUACGGCGAGAUCCAGGAAUCAAAGAUCAUCAGCGACCGCGAGACUGGUAGAUCGAGAGGGUUUGGUUUCGUCACCUUCCGUGAUGAGCAGUCCAUGAGGGACGCUAUCGAAGGGAUGAACGGGCAGAACCUCGACGGUAGGAACAUAACGGUCAACCAAGCGCAGUCAAGGUCUAGCGGUGGCGGCGGUGGAUUCCGCAGCGGUGGAGGUGGAGGUGGCUAUGGCGGUUAUGGUCGCCGUGAUGGUGGUGGUUACAACCGCAGUUUAGGCGGCCGUGAUCGCGGGUACGGAGAGCGUGGAUCUCGCUACUCGAGGGGUGAUGGGUCUUCUGACGGAAACUGGAGGAAUUGAUGUGCCGAAUAUGUUUAGGUCUGGGCUUGGGUUGUUGUGUGGUACUUUGGUUUCCGUAGAUGUUUUUGGAGCUCUUAAUGUUCUAGGUUCUUCAACGGGAGCUCCCGUUUUUGACCGCUGGUUCUUGUCGUUAUGUUACUCGUUGUUAUGGUUGUUCUGAUAAAUCUUAGAAAAAAAAAGUAGAAUAGAAAGUUGUAUCGUUUCGUUCCAAAAUUUCUUUCCGCUUAAACACUUCAGUUAUUAGUGCGUUUCUUGUUA